AUACAGCGCAGAGCAAUGCAUGUUCGGAAAUACAUACAACUGCAUACCGUCUGGUGCGAAACGUCAUCGCACGCCCCGGUGCACUUUGAAUCAGCCGUCGACAUUUCCGCAUUUAGGAUCCACACAAAAGGUGGUCCUGUGGGUUUACUAUAGUAUUAUUGACAAACUCGGUAUACAGUCCCACCAGUACACAUUUGUGAUGUUUGACGCUGAAUUGACAGUUCUGGACUCCUGUAUGUGUUGAAAUUUAUUCAUAAUAUAACCACGAUGAUUGAUUAACUUGAUUUCAUGGAUUUGAAGUUUGAUAGUACAUUUGUCGACACCCAAUGUGACUCUAUAUAUCUGUGUAUGUGGCGCCACGAAUAAGGGAGCAAGGGAGAUUCUUGGAAACUGGCGGGUUCCUUAACGCCAACAUAAUUCAACAUAAUCUGGAGACUUUAAGAUUUUAUAAGAAAGGAAAGUUGAUAUCUUGUUCUGUUGUAAGGUCAAUAUUGGUUUUGGCAAGUGCAUCGAGUAAGGCAUAUCCAGGACAUUGUAUUCGAUUUGAAAAGUGAAUGUUGUUUUUGGAGAUGCAUGGAGAGCUGAAAGGAGGACCAAUAUGAUUAUGUGACCGUUCGCUUCAUUAUCUGCAUUUGGUGCCCUGAAAACAAGUGCAUCUUAACUCUUUGCGGGCUCAACCGAUCCUGAAUGGAUGAUAUUGACAAUAAUUAUUUUGUAGGUUCUUUUAAUCUUCAUUUCCCUGUUCCACCCUUUUAUGCUGGUAUUUAUUAUAUAGAUAUUACUUGCUACAUUGGCGUGCAAAGGACUGCAAACGCGAAAUCAGCUGGAAGGAACAAAUUCGAUAUCUUCGAUACUCUCUUUCGUCUGUCAAGUUCUGUACCAUUUGGGGUCAUAAACAGAAGAAAAGGGGAUCGUUCUUGACACUUACGCAUUCGUAACAUAGGAUAUAUAAGCUGAAAAGUUCAUACGAAAUUCAGGACGCAACACUUUGCCGUCGGGAAUUAAUUAGUUCACCAUGCCUCGCGGAAUGAAUCUAGAAUCUGCAGACGACCUCGCCUCACUGGAGUCACUUAAUGAGGAUAAUAUGCUAGAGGCUCUUUGUCGGCGGUAUGAAAAGGAUAAGAUUUAUACGUAUAUUGGUGACAUCUUGAUAGCUGUGAAUCCUUACAAGCCUCUAGGGAUCUACUCUUAUGAGACGUCACUUUCGUACGCCGACCUCAAAUACAGACAGUCCCUGGCGCCACAUGUUUUCGCUGUAGCCGACAAAGCAUAUAGCUCCAUGAGAAGAACAGGUAUGAGGCAAUGCAGUGUCAUCAGCGGUGAGAGUGGCGCGGGAAAAACAGAGACCGCUAAGUAUGUCAUCGGGCACAUCAUCAGCCACUGUAACAGCAAGAAGAACAAUUUACAGGAAAAGAUCCUACAGGUAAACCCGUUGCUUGAGGCGUUUGGGAACGCUCGAACGGUAAUGAAUGACAACUCAAGUCGAUUUGGUAAAUUCCUUGAACUUCAAUUCACCGAAGACUGCCAAGUAGUAGGAGCCAAAAUCGACACAUACCUGCUUGAGAAGUCUCGUGUGGUAUCGCAAGGAGAGGGUGAAAGAAACUUCCAUGUCUUCUAUUAUCUGUUUGCUGGAUUAACGGAACAGCAGCUCUUGAGUAUAUUGCUUUCUCCUCCUGAAAAUCACAGGACUUUGAUGGGAAAUGGAGUGCAGCGCAUCUACACGAGCGAAGCCGAGUUCAUGCACAGUCAAAGGGCAUUUGACGAUCUCCAGGACAUCAUGGAGCUCGUGGGCUUCACCCAAGAGGACAUCUGGAUGAUCUACCGUCUCCUCUCGGCCGUCAUCCAGAUCGCCGACAUCGAGUUCGAUGUCGAUGAGGAGACGGGCGGCUCCUACAUCGUCGAUGAAUACAUCCUCAAAGUUGUCGCCACGUUACUAGGUGUUGACCCGUCAGCCUUGGCUACAGCGCUCAUAUCAAACAUCGUAGAAGCUAGGGGAGAGCAGAUCGUGACCUUGAAGAAUGUCGGACAGGCGAAUGAUGGUCGGGAUGCCCUCGCGAAAGCUCUCUACAGCAAGCUCUUUAACUGGAUCGUCAACCAAAUCAACUCCCUUAUCGCCCCUGAUGCCGAUUGCCCUGGAAGCAAGGGCUACGAGAUCGGCAUCCUUGACAUCUAUGGCUUUGAGAGCUUCGAGAAGAACAGCUUCGAGCAACUAUGUAUCAACCUCACCAACGAGCAGCUCCAGUACUACUUCAACCAGCGGAUCUUUGCCUGGGAACUGGCCGAAUACUCCGGAGAGGGUAUCCCCAAGCAGUCCAUUACCUACCAAGAUAAUAUGCCUGUUCUGGACCUCUUUUUGGCGAAGCCGCUCGGUCUACUUUCCUUACUGGAUGAGGAAUCUAGGUUCCCCAAAGGAAGUGACGUCACACUGGUCGGCAAGUUCUCGUCCAAUCACAGCAAGAAUAAGAACUUCCUAAUGCAGAAAAAGAACAAGGGAAACACGACCAUCUUCGGCGUGAAGCACUAUGCGAAAGAGAUCUGGUACGACUCAACCGGAUUUCUGGAGAAGAACCGCGAUACAUUCAGUUCUGUCCUGUCCGAAUGCUUGUCAAAGUCCGAGAAUGGUCUCGUCAAAUUCCUCUUUGUCCAACAACAACAGAAUGGGGCUGGCACACCAUUCAGGAAUCAGAAAGAUAUAUUAAUGUGUAAACCGCCCCCUACGAUCUCGGUAAACCCAGGUGUGAGCCUGUCCAGGGAAGCAGCGAGGAAAUUACAAAAACAAAUGAAACAGGAGAAAGCAGCCAAGGCUAAAGCAGCAAAGUCGAGGAACCAAACACCUACCGUGGGAUUACAAUUUAAGGAUUCGUUGACGAAUUUGAUGGAAAAGCUUCUCUCGGCCGACGCACAAUUCAUCCGCUGUAUUAAACCGAACUCGUUCAGCCGACACAACCAGUUCGACCACGAGUUGGUUCUUCGACAGCUUCGGUACACAGGCGUGCUCGAGACUAUCCGGAUCCGAAAGAGCGGAUACCCGACACGGCUUCUGUUCCCGGAUUUUCAACAUCGGUACAAGUUCAUUGGUUUCCCGAUGACAGCAGACAUCGAUCCGCAUCCCAAGAAGUGCAAACAAAUCUUGGAGGCUGCAGGUUGCACCAACUACCACAUAGGAAAAACAAAAGUUUUCCUCAAGUACUGGCAUACAGAAAAAUUGGACACUCGGAUGGAUCAGCUUUUCGCUCAGGUGGUCACGUGUCAGCGCGUUGCUAGGGGGCGUGCCGCUCGCCGUCGUUACGCCAUCCUCCGAGAUAGAGUACUGCGAGACCUCGCCGACACGGCAUCAUUCUUCGGCGAGAUCGAGAGAAGAGCAGAACGAAGUCACGCAGCCAUGGUCAAGUUAGAUAGACAAGACAAGGAGAGGUUCGAUAAGAAGAAGAGACAGAUGAUUCUGGGAGAGUUGCGGGUUCGAACCGAUAUCCGACAGAAGCAGAUCCAGCAGGAAAAUCUCCCGCCCUCAUCGGCGGCACAGCGACCAACCAGCCCCAACGGGAACUACCCCCAGAAUGGCAACGGAGGGUUACACCCCAACCACGCCCACCAAAGGAGGGCUGGACCACCUGUAUCGCAGAAACCACUUGGGUACGGUGCUAUCGGAGCUAUGAACGGGGCUCGAACCGAUAGGUCACAGAUACCGACCAGCAAGCCGCAGGUGGAUGAUACGGAUCGCGGAAGACAUGCUGACGAGAAGCAUGUCCAUUGGCAGAGGUCUCGGCCGAAAGAGGAACCAGUUGAACCAAAGGCUAUCCAAGGAAAAUUCAUUCUUGGAGAGGAGAUCAUCAAUGAGUUGACAUACCAUAUGCAUGAGAUCGGACCGGAGGCGUGGUGCAAAGUCUUCUUCAUGGAGAAGCGGUGUCGGUUAUCCGAAUACCAAAUCAAGUCGCCAGCCAUGAUCAUCGACGGGUACGCUUAUCAACAUCCGGGAAGACUUGGUUUCGGGGCGUUGGCGAACCCACUACGGGAUCCUGAAACCAAGAAGGUCCGCGAACAUAUCGGCAAAGGCGUUCAGUUAGAGAUCGAUAGCGAGGGAAACGUCUGGGCCACGAGACUAGGCAAGAAUGAGGUAUUCGUCAAGGGGUGCUUUGAACCCGAAAACCACUGCAUCUCAGCGGAAGUAGUUAAAAACAUGGGACGCCUACCACAGAACCAAGCUAUGAAAGUAUUUGACAUCGUGGAAUACAAGGCUCAACUCGCCAUCGAAGCAAAGAAAGGCGACGGCCAAAUCGAUCACCAUCGGUUGAAGAAACUCAGCAUCGUCUCGCUGAGUUUCGUCAAAGAUAAGGUCGAAGAUUUUAACACGCCUUGUUGGAUUUCAUUGGUCGUCCUCCCCGCCAUCAGAAUGGACAAUCCCAAAGUUCUAAGAGAUGUUGGCCGAUUCUUGAAAGCGUUCCGUACAGCAGCACAGAUUGAAGCAACACUCAUGGGUAGAGAGUCAAGUCGAAAGUGGGCCCGAGUCAACAAAAGACGCUCAAACUAUGACAAGGAGGAUAAAAAAGAUGGCAGAAGAGCAAGGGUAGAGGCGAUGCAGCAGGCCAAAGCUGAGAACAAACCAUUCCACUAUAGCUGGGAAGCAACUGAUGAUGAAGAUAUAGGCAUAUCUAACCUGAAUGUGUCGGGUGUGGACCAUGGCGGCCGAAACUCGGGGUACAGUGAAACAGGGUCCAUCUAUUAUAACAGUGAAGCAGGGGAUUCCCCAGGCUAUGGAGCGUAUGGGGGAAGAGCAAGUAGGAGGAGGGUUUUCAGGGCGGUAUCCAUCAGGAAUGCCGAUGCUUUCAAGCAACGCAACCUGCGAUCAUCCUACGAGCGCGAUUCCGAAGCCAUGGACGACGAUGGCCCGGUCACGUCCAACUACAGCGGUUACGACUUGGAGAACAAGAGGCAAUGGGCACGUGUCAAACUCAUCAAGAAGGAACGAAGAAUGAGCGAGGAAAAUUGAAUCACAGUCGAUUAGUAUUCAAAAUAGAUAGAGAAAUUUCAAUCAUGUAGCUAGCGAAUUUGAAUGUUUAUUAUAUGAAGAUGUAUGAAAUGCAAACCGCUUGUGAAAGAGUCGGGGUUUGAGUAGAAGUCGGACGGUGAAUUUGGAAAAGAGUACGAUUACUGUUACAUGUAGUUUGAUGAUUUGGACAGUGUUUGAGUGAAUACCAUCCCGUUGCCAUUACUUUGGUAUUGAAAGAUGUCUUGUAUUCGUACUGAAACUGCUAUGUAGGAUCGAUAAGUCUCAGGCCGUGUUUAUGCUUCCACUUUUCAGGCCAGAAUCGGUGUUCUUAUACGUAAGUCCAAAACACAGUUGCGUCCAUGCUUAGUUUCAUUUAAACGACGUUUCGGAACGCCGAUGGUAAACUUCAGUUCAAAUGAAAACUUUAUUUACAAAUCACGAUCGACAUUCUGAAUUGUCGUUUAAAUGAAAGUAAGCAUGGACGCAACCGUGUUUUGGACUAAUCACGUAUGGAAACGCUGAUUCUGGCCUGAAACGUGGAAGCAUAAACACGCCCUCAGUCUAAGUCUAACUUGCUCGAUACUGGUCUGGAUCAUCUGUUUGUAUUUUUAUGCGACUAGCUCGGAGUAAUUUAUCUUAUAGAUACCAGUAGAUAGAUUGGAGUUAGGAAACAAGUGUAGGUCUGAUUGAAAUUAGGUUUUUUUGGUGAAGAAUAGCUGUUAACCUUGGCAUAUUUUUAGUCAUUUUAAGCAAAUAUUCAUAAGAGGCAAAAUUUACAGUCGAUCAACAAACAUAUCUUAUGAAGUUCAUACCGAAUGGGUUAUCUAGAUGAAGUUUGUGCAUAUGUCUUUGACACAUUUACCGAUAAAGAGGGCUGAAUUGAGACCGGUUGCAGCAUGUCACUCUGAACAAUUGUUAAUUACAGCAUAUUAUCAUGAUACACUUUUAAUCAGCAUAUUCGUAGAAUCUGUUGAUAAGAAGCAUAUAUGUGUGAAUGAAAUUUCAUGGAAAGCAAUUUUACUGUCAAUCAGCUAUCCAUGGAAUAUAAGUAUGUUUGAGAGCAGGGAAUAGAACAUAAUCACAACUUGCAAAAACAUACAAGUUGUGUAAUUCACCAAGAUUAAAAAAUAUAAAACACAAAUGAGGCAAAUUUCAUGAUUUUUUUUCACAUCAAUUGGUUUAAUUUGAGAACACUUAUGCAGUGGCUGCAUACAUAAAAUCACAAGAUACUAUUUGUUUAAAAUGUCAUCUUUUCCCAAUUUACAAAAAUAGAUCUUGCAUACUCAAAGAUAAAACAACAUAUAUAUAUUCACUUUAUUACAGCAUUCCAGUAAGGGCACAAUGGACAAUAGUUUAUUACUUAUACAAUCGCACCAUAUUUCAGGUCAUUCAAAAUGAUUGACUUAAACACAAUUUGCUAAUACUCAAUAUGUUGGGUCAAAAUGGGUCCAAUAACUUGAUCAUAAAAGGUUAUCAGUAAAAUAGUUCACAACAGCUGUGAAUAAAAAAAAUCCUGCUUGUAAUUAGAUGCAGACAAUUAAAACAUAAUACUCAUAAAAUGACCCAAUGAUAUGCAUAAAUAUUCAGAAUAUCAUGUAAUGAUUCUAAAACCAACUUUUAAAUUAUUUUACAGAAUGGAUGACAUUGAAUAACAUUUUUUAAAGGGAAAUAAUAGGUGCAAGAGAUAGUGACACAAAACUCACUGAUGGCCCAACUUAUCACAAUCAUGCAAAAAAGCUUUCAUCGAACGAGAAUGACAGUCAAUGGAUGACUUAUAUAAAAUCAAGUCCACCAAGUACAAAGUAUAUAUGUUUAGAUUUCUUUAUAAACACACAGUAUCAUAACAUUUUCAGCUGAACAUGGGAAAAUAUAAAAAAAUAAUUACUGUACCAUGUUAUACUUACACAUGUGUAUUACUAAGUUUUCAUUCCGUUUUACAAAACGGAACACAUAAUGAUCAAUCAAUAAUAACAUUAAUAAUAAUAAUGAGUAAAUUCAGUAGAGUGUUAAUGACUAUUGUUUCAGCAUAUGAAGUGCCUUUAAAUGAAUUAUAUUUGUGAUUCCUUACAUAUAUGCCUUAAGUGUUAAUAGAUGGUACCUAAACUUAGCGAGACUGGGUACACCCGCCAUGCAGUCAUGACUGGCCAAUCAUAUUCUUGUUCAAAUUUGAAUGAAGUGAUUUGACCAAUCAGAUGAUUGCUGGGGGUGGGGCUUCCUUUAUGACAUCAUAUACAUAUAUAUAUAUUUUUGUUAUCUAAAAUUUCAUGUUGAAAUUCUCAUUUAUUGUACAAUACAAAGUGUACUGUAAAGUGUAUACACCAUUUUCUUUCAUAGCUUUACCUUGGUAUUUAUACAAUCAAAACUUGUAUUGCAUUUCAUUUCAAUCCAUUUCAACUUUUAUUUCGAUCCAACAUUAUUUCUUAUUUUUCUAUCAAUCUGUAUGAAAUUACAUGCCUCAUGCACAGCGAUGUUUAUGUUUAUACAGAAGCACUAUAUAUAAGAUUUAUAUUCAAACGGUUUUAUUACAGUAAAAUAUUUGUGAAUUUUUGACUGAGAGAUUGUAUAUGUUUGUUUGAUAUAUUCCCAGUACUAUGAAAUUUGAUAUUUUAACAUGUUUAUUCAGAGAGAGAAGAGAAUACUAGACCAAAAUAUAAUAUGAAUGGAAGGUCAGGUAUUCAAAUAAUUAAUUUUCACAUACAGUAGUUUCUGGUUAUAGUUUUAGUUGUUUGACAAUAUAUGUAUAGUUCAUUAACCCAUUUACUUCUGGAACUAAAUGGCUCCUGUGUAAAACCAAUAGGAUUUACACGAUUCAGAAGACAAAGGGUUAAGUACGAAGAAGAUAACUUUGUUGCAUUUUUAACACCCAUCUUUUACGCGUUACAUGAUAUCGAUAUUAGCUAACAUCUCAACUUGUCAUGUAUAUUGACAUGUACAUAUAAUAUAAUUUAUCAAGAGUUUUAUUUUCAUCAUUUGAGAAAAAAAAAGUAUUGUUUUGGAAGACAAGCUAGGUAUGUGAAGCUGGUUUAAGAUGAUACUUGGACUAUAAAAAUCAAGAGCCAACUAUGUCUUAGAAAGUAUUAGUGAUUAUAGAAACAACUAAUUUAGUAAACAAUUGUAGUGAGACUAUGGGAAGUAAUAAUACUAUAUUAUAUAGUAACAAAGAAAAUUCAAAUGGACUAUAUUCUUAUUUUGUAUAAGUAAAUGAAAGAAUAAAAUAUUUUGAUAAACAAGAAA